UCUAGAGUCCGGGUUGACAGAUGGUCUUCAGGGCAGCAUGUGGGUAGUCUUUAGGCCACUCGGCAGUGCCUGAAAAAUCCCAGGUUGUGGAGGCAGCGGGACGCCAACCCGCGUACUCCUCGGCACGGCACCGGCACGCUAACCACACAGCCAUCGCCUCCCCCUAGAACAACAACAAAACCAAGAAAAACAAGAACAAGAAACACAAAAGCAAGAUCAUGAACAAUGAACAGGAGCAGGAGUAGAAGGCGGAAGUACACGAACAAUGACUUGACCUGCCGUGGCCUAGGCGGGGCCAGGCAUGCAAGGGCUGGAAAUAGCUUGUAUUGGCCAGCAGAUCCGCCGCGGCUCUCCUUGUGGCGUCUGUGUUGACAGACGCCGCGCUCAGAAUGCUGCCGCGGCCUCGAACCCACGCGUUGCCGAAGGCCUCGCGUCGCUGGGAACAUUCCUCAAUUUUAAACCAUUUUUUCUUUUAUUUUCUGUCUCCUCUGCAGCGAUUACGGAUUUUAGGAUGCUAGUAAUGGCAAUAGACAGUCUGUGGCGCGUGGAGAAGCCAGGAAAAGCGGGUCGGAAGGGGGUCAACGCAGGGAAAACUGUGAAGGAUCAGGAGGUCAUCGACAGGGCCGCCAGUCACGACAUAACAAGAGUCGUGUCGCUCCCGCCGCCUCGGUCCCUCAGCUGCCCCUCGCCGCGCAACACUACAGGAGGUGAGGGUCUCGUGCGACUUGGAGCCUCGACACACACUCCUUCGCCUCCGUCACGCGUGUAAACAUCUUCCCCCGACCACGUCUUUAUCUGCCAACGCGAAAUCAAGCAACAAAAAUAGAAGGUACAGUAGAUAAGGAAGGACAACACAGCACUCCUUCACCUCUCUCACACGUGUUAACUUCUUGUCUCCGAGCUCAUUCCACCGGCAUCUUCAUCAUCCACCAACACGAAGGAAAGAAGGAAGAACAAAAGACACACUAGAUAAGGUCGGACACCAUAGCACUCCAUCGCCUCGGCCACACGUGCUAGCAUCCGGACUCUGCUUCUGACUCAACGGUCCUCAUCUUCUCCCACAUCGGCGUUUCUAUUCUGCCCACACGGAGGAGAGAACGAAGGGCAGAGGACACACAACACUCUUUAGCCUCAGUCAUCAUUAGUUAACUUCCUGACCCCGACCUCUGACUCAAAGUACCUCACCUCCUCUGCAUUUGCGUCUCUCCUCGACCCACGCGAAGCAAAGCAGCAGGAAGAGAAGACACACGCAAGUAGAUAAGAACGGAAACAAGAGGCUUACGUGGUGAUUGAAGGACGAAAGUAAGUGUCCAUCAAGAAGCAAAAAGACACACUGGUAGAUAAAGACGGAAAGAAGAGGCCUGUUUUGUGACUGAAGAAUAUAAGAGCCUAUCAAGAAACAAGAAGAAAAGAUACAGGUAGAUAAAGACGGAAAGAAGAGGGAUGCGUGGUGGCAGAAGAACCAAGAGAAGAGUCCAUCAUCUAACCAACGCAAGACUGGAGAAGAGGUAAACUUGAGAGAAGACGAAAAGUUGCCCACCUGCUCAAGACUUACCUGGAGGACUGCAUAGAGGGGAGGCGUUAAUAACCUCCCACAACACCUGCCAGCCAAGCCCCUCACCUGCCCCCAGCCCAGCACACCUGCAAUUACGGCUGAAAUCAACACCACAGAUCAUCACCGGACGUCCUCAACACACACCAACAAACACACAAACUAACGCAGGACGAGAGGAAACGAUUUCGAACCCAAGAACACCAAGAACAAGCGAUCGAAACCCUUAUACGGGACACUGAACGCUAUUUGAACCUCCUUACCUCCACCUGGGAUGCUUAGACACCACACCUGCGAAUCAUGAGGGGUGUUGACAUGGCAGUGGUGUUGAAGGUGAUGAUGGUGGUGAUGGUGGUCGCUGCAGAUGAGAAGGAUAGCGAGGAGCGCGUGAUAGUGUGUUCCCAACGAGACUUUCAACACACCAUUACGAAUAUUUGUAGAAGCAGAAGACGGAGAACUGCUUGGUCUUCCUCGUCAUCUUCUGUUCCAUCCCUUUCCUCCUCCUCUUCAAUCUUAUCUUCGUUUCCUUCCUCUUCUACCUCCUCUUUAUCAUUCUCCUCGUCAACUUCCUUCCCUUCUCUUGACUCAUCUUUCUACUCCUCUUCGUCUUUACCAGCCUCCUCCUCCUCCUCCUCUUCAUUCUUAUCGUAUUUUCCUUCCUCUUCUUUCUCUUCUUCCUCCUCCUCGUCAACUUCUUUUCCUUCCCUUGAGUCAUCUUACUUCUCUUCGUCUUUACCAGCCUCCUCCUCCUCUUCCUCCUCCUCUUCGUUUCCUCACCUGCACAUCAAAGGACUCCAAAGUCAUCCUACGGUACGCCUCUUCAACCUUCAGGAGUCAACAGGAGGCCACAUUAAGACGUUCCUCCGGUCCCUUGCGUCCCCGAGUGUGCACGCAACUGAAGACAUAACUUGGAGUGGGAGAGACGGCGUGAGAGGGUUCGAAGAGGGGACAGGAGACCGUGGAGUGAGGUUAAGUGAGAAGGGAACGAGUGGAGUGGGAGUAGGUGAAGGGCAGGUGGAGGUGGAGAGGGAGUGGAGAGUUGUUACCGGUAAAUUAAAGGCAGGUAGACGGGUACUUAGGAUAGGUAAGGGGAAGUCGAGGGCAGGAAUGGGUAGCAGGAAGUGGAGGGCGGGUAAGGGAGGGGAGAGGGUAGGUAAGUGGGUACGUUCAGGGGCGUUAGUGAGGCACCUCGUGAAGCGCAGAGCUCGAACACUCGCGGAGCUUCGUCAGGAGUGUUGUUUGAACGGGUGUCGAGUGAGUGACCUGGCGGCGGCGUGCAGGUGAGAGAGAGAGAGAGAGAGAGAGAGAGAGAGAGAGAGAGAGAGAGAGAGAUUAAUUUAGA